GCGCCGGGAGGAACUACUGUGGCCCGACCAGUUCGGGCCGCCCAUCUCCUCUCCGCCGCGCCCUCAGGCGCCGAGAACUACAGCUCCCGGCAUGCCGUGAACUGCAUGGCCGAGGCGCCGAGGCGGGGUCCGGCCCUCCUUCGGCCCGCCCCGCUUUCCUCACCGGCCUCAGGCGCUGUCUCCGCCGCGCGCGGAGCCGGGACGCGAGCCAUGGAGGAGGCGUCGCCCUCGCAGCUGAGUUGCAGCAAGCCGCACCUGGAGAAGUUGACACUGGGCAUCACCCGCAUCCUAGAAUCUUCCCCAGGUGUGACAGAAGUGACCAUCUUAGAAAAGGCACCUGCUGAACGUCAUAUGAUUUCUUCAUGGGAACAAAAAAAUAACUGUGUGAUGCCUGAGGAUCUAAAGAACUUUUACCUAAUGACCAAUGGCUUCCAUAUGACAUGGAGUGUGAAACUGGAUGAGCACAUCAUUCCAUUGGGCAGCAUGACAAUUAACAGCAUCUCAAAACUGACUCAGCUCAACCAGUCUUCCAUGUAUUCACUUCCUAAUGCACCAACUCUGGCAGACCUGGAGGAUGAUACAUACGAAGCAAGUGAGGACCAGCCAGAGAAACCUCACUUUGACUCUCGCAAUGUGAUAUUUGAGCUGGAUUCAUGCAGUGGGAAUGGGAAGGUUUGCCUUGUUUACAAAAGUGGGAAGCCAGCAUCAGCCCAAGACACUGAGAUCUGGUUUCUGGACAGAGCAUUAUACUGGCAUUUUCUCACAGAUACCUUUACUGCCUAUUAUCGCCUGCUUAUCACCCACCUGGGCCUGCCCCAGUGGCAGUAUGCCUUCACGAGUUAUGGUAUUAGCCCACAAGCCAAGCAAUGGUUCAGCAUGUAUAAACCUAUCACCUACAACACAGAUCUGCUCACGGAAGAGACCGACUCCUUUGUGAACAAGUUGGAUCCUAGCAAAGUGUUUAAGAGCAAGAACAAGCCCUUAAUUCCAAAAAAGAAAGCGGCUGUGCAGCCUGCAGGUGGCCAGAAAGGGCCCUCGGGUCCUACUACCUCUAAACCCUCCUCUGGACCUGGAAACCCUGUCCGGAAGUGAGCACCCCCACUAUCGGCUCUCCACCAGCCCCACAGCAGUGAUUUCCAUGCACUCAUGGCCCCAACCUCAGAUUUUGCAUGUAACUAUAGGCAUCUUCCCAAGUAACCAAAAUUUCAGCCAUUUUAUCCACCCCCUGCCCUCCAACAUUAGCCAGGGGUUGGAAGGGCAUCCUGAGUUUUUAUCCCCAAGAGUUCUUCACAGUGGGUUUUUCGAGUUCCUGCCUCCAAAAGCUGUGAAUUUAAGUUCUUUAAGGGACCAGAGAGGUCUACUGAGCUUUCCUUUCUAUCAGUACCCAACCCUCAAUCUCUUAGCUAGAAAAGUCCUCCAAAAAACCCCUGGUUUUGACCCUUGAAGCAUUAGAACUGCACUGUUCAAACAGUAGCAACUAGUCACAUGUGGCAUAAAAACUUAAAUUAUAUGAAAAAUUCAUAACCUCAGUAGCAUUAGUCACAUUUCAAGUAUUCACAUGGCUACUAGACUAAAUAUUGGACAGUAGAAAGAUAUGGAACAUAUUCUUUGCAGAAAGUUGUUUUAUAUAUAAUUGUUUUAAGUUGUCAGUGGAUCUUUAUUUAUUUAUAUGUGGUGCCGAGGAUCGAACCUAGGGCCUCACACAUGCCAGGCAAGUGCUCUACCACUGAGCCACAACUCCAGCCCUGCAGAAAGUUGUUUUGGACAGCACUACAGUAGAAUAUUUUCAUACUCAGAUUAGUUAAUUUCUUUUGUUGAUGAUACCCAAACUUAAUGGGUUGCAGUGUUUCAUAAAAACUUUAGAAGAUUCAAUUGUAUGUUCUUAAUGAAUACAUUUCACUCUGUUCAUUUUCCUUUAGUUUCUUAAAGUUUGCUUUCUAUUUUGUGAUGUUUACACAUUUGCCAAAAAUUUGAGAUGUAUUUCUGUACUUUAGUCUAACCCUUUAAAAGUAAAAACACCCAGGCAUCAUGUUGGAAAACUCUUCAUAGAGUUUUAAUGAAACUUGUUAAUAUUAACAGCAGCUUUCUACCUGCUGUGACUUGUCUAGUCCCACCCUGGUUUGUCAUUGGCCAUACUUAGGAUGGGAAAGCCUUUAUAAUAUGAUGGAAUUCCAAGAUUCCUUUGCAAGUUUCCUGUAAUUCAGAAAUCAUUUUCCCCAUAGACACGUAGGGGUAUUAGACCUCUAGCCAGCCCACAUGUGCCUAAUAUUUGACACAAGAUAAACCUGAAUUUACCUACUAUGUACAUCUAAUGGAAUUUCUACAGAGUUGUUCAGGCUUUCAAUUCUAAUGUAUGAAAUAUGAUAUGUGAAGAGCUUUAUAAUGUUUUGAACAACCAAUAAAAAAAAAUUAAAAAAAAAAAAAAAAAAGGAAAAAGAAAAAGAAAAAAAAAAAAAAAAAGAAUGUUUUCUAACUUUGCAGCCCUGACAGUGUGCACAAGCAAACCUUCACUCCACUUCUCAGCAGGGAAAUCCUAUCACCCACCCAGCCUCAGGAUCCUUGAGUGACUGUAGUUUUUUCCCUGAAAUUCCAAAGGUUGGAAAAUGUCAUUGCUGAAUAGUGAGAGGCAGGACCUUCUACAUCUGUACACUUCAGUCCUGACUGGCUCACUCAUUCUUUCCUGACUUUUCUUCCAUGAUUGCCUAGACUCUCUUCUUUGCAGACCUCAAUCUGCUAAUCAGUCCAGGGCUUUGCUCUUCCAUGGCCCACCAGGGAGCUUAAAGAAGUCCCCACAAUUGCUCACCUGCACUUCUGACACCACUUUGAGUAUUUAUGAAGUUUUAAAUUUUUGUUUUGAUUGCUGAUUAUAGUGAUAGAUAUGAAAAAGAGGCUUUCAAUCCCCCUCCAUCUACUACUUCACACAGCCCCUGAGGAAAACAAGGUAAAGAGUUGGCCUUCAAGGAUCAUGGGUGCUUCACCACUGUUGUAAUGGUUCUAAGUCUUGAAAUACUAGUGUUCAAAAGUCUUUGGGAGAGCUAGAGACAUGACUCAGUGGUAGAGCACUUUCACAGCAUGCACAAGGCCCUAGGCUCCAUCCCCAACACCGCCCCCCCAAAAGAAAAUACACAUUAACAGCAUAUUCAGUUGCUUUAAAUAUGCCAGCAUGACAGCUAUUCUGGCUAACUUCUAAUGGAAAAUGUUUAAAAUAACAGCACCUCUGGCCUUUGCAGUUCCAUAGCUAACCAUUUAUAUAAUUCAGCGUGGACAUUCAAAUGUUUUUGUGUUUUUUUAACAAGUACAUGACAUGCCUGUGUCAAAUUUUCCCUAAUUUAAGUGUUUUACCCCUUUUAAAUUAAUUGUUUAGGUUAUUACAUUUUGAGCAUUUAUAAAUGUGCAGCAAUUCAAGGGAGGUCCAAUUGCACCAGUCCAGCAUUUGACUGCUUCUUCAAGACAAGGUUAGAAAGAAAAUGAGAAGGCAUGUCAUUCUUCAUUGCCACAGAUGUCCUUCCUAUAGUACCCAAGGAGCCCAUUGGAGGACCAGUUCAGUUUUGGUCCAGUUCUAGAUUCCAUAAGUGAAACAACAGAAGAACCAGGAGAGCAAUAGUGCCCUUCAAACCAGUGGCAAUCAAUGGGAGUCUUCCAAAGACUGUAGAAGGAAGGCAGUUAGGAUAAAGAAAAGCUCAAGACCUGCCUCAGAAGGAAGAGUGAUGAAAAAGCAGAGCUGGUUACAUCAUAUGCAGGACUCAGUACAAAAUGAAGAUGUGAACCUCUUGUUCAAAAAUCAGAAAAAACUACCAUUAAAGGCCCUAAAAUGUGCUUUUCCUUUCUUCCAUGGUUUCCUACAACUUGUUAUGGUGAUGUUUUCUGUUUGCUCCUUAAUACUGUUAUAAGGAAAAUUAAAAUUUUUAAAUUAGUA